CUUACGAUGCAAAAAUUGAAAACUAAGUUUAUUAGAGAGGUUAGAGAAGGAGGAGCUCUAAGCAGAAAAAAUCCUGUGCCGGGAAACCUUGAUUGUGGCUUUUUAAUGAAUGAAGAGGCCUCCCUGAGCUUACAAUAUAAAAGGGGGACAGAGAGGUGAAGGUCUACACAUCAGGGGCUUGCUCUUGCAAAACCAAACCACAAGACAGACUUGCAAAAGAAGGCAUGCACAGCUCAGCACUGCUCUGUUGCCUGGUCCUCCUGACUGGGGUGAGGGCCAGCCCGGGCCACGGCACCCAGUCUGAGAACAGCUGCACCCACUUCCCAGGCAACUUGCCUAACAUGCUUCGAGAUCUCCGAGAUGCCUUCAGCAGAGUGAAGACUUUCUUUCAAAUGAAGGAUCAGCUGGACAACUUGUUGUUAAAGGAGUCCUUGCUGGAGGACUUUAAGGGUUACCUGGGUUGCCAAGCCUUGUCUGAGAUGAUCCAGUUUUACCUGGAGGAGGUGAUGCCCCAAGCUGAGAACCAAGACCCAGACAUCAAGGCGCAUGUGAACUCCCUCGGGGAGAAUCUGAAGACCCUCAGGCUGAGGCUACGGCGCUGUCAUCGAUUUCUUCCCUGUGAAAACAAGAGCAAGGCCGUGGAGCAGGUGAAGAAUGCCUUUAAUAAGCUCCAAGAGAAAGGCGUCUACAAAGCCAUGAGUGAGUUUGACAUCUUCAUCAACUACAUAGAAGCCUACAUGACAAUGAAGAUACGAAACUGAGACAUCAGGGUGGCGACUCUAUAGACUGUAGGACAUAAAUUAGAGGUCUCCAAAGUCGGAUCUGGGGCUCUGGGAUAGCUGACCCAGCCCCUUGAGAAACCUUAUUGUACCUCUCUCAUAGAAUAUUUAUUACCUCUGAUACCUCAACCCCCAUUUCUAUUUAUUUACUGAGCUUCUCUGUGAACGAUUUAGAAAGAAGCCCAAUAUUAUAAUUUUUUUUCAAUAUUUAUUAUUUUCACCUGUUUUUAAGCUGUUUCCAUAGGGUGACACACUAUGGUAUUUGAGUGUUUUAAGAUAAAUUAUAAGUUACAUAAGGGAGAAAAAAAAAAUGUUCUUUGGGGAGCCAACAGAAGCUUCCAUUCCAAGCCUGACCAUGCUUUCUAGCUGUUGAGCUGUUUUCCCUGACCUCCCUCUAAUUUAUCUUGUCUCUGGGCUUGGGGCUUCCUAACUGCUACAAAUACUCUUAGGAAGAGAAACCAGGGAGCCCCUUUGAUGAUUAAUUCACCUUCCAGUGUCUCGGAGGGAUUCCCCUAACCUCAUUCCCCAGCCACUUCAUUCUUGAAAGCUGUGGCCAGCUUGUUAUUUAUAACAACCUAAAUUUGGUUCUAGGCUGGGCGCGGUGGCUCACGCCUGUAAUCCCAGCACUUUGGGAGGCUGAGGCGGGUGGAUCACUUGAGGUCAGGAGUUCCUAACCAGCCUGGUCAACAUGGUGAAACCCCGUCUCUACUAAAAAUACAAAAAUUAGCCGGGCAUGGUGGCGCGCACCUGUAAUCCCAGCUACUUGGGAGGCUGAGGCAAGAGAAUUGCUUGAACCCAGGAGGCGGAAGUUGCAGUGAGCUGAUAUCAUGCCCCUGUACUCCAGCCUGGGUGACAGAGCAAGACUCUGUCUCAAAAAAUAAAAAUAAAAAUAAAUUUGGUUCUAAUAGAACUCAGUUUUAACUAGAAUUUAUUCAAUUCCUCUGGGAAUGUUACAUUGUUUGUCUGUCUUCAUAGCAGAUUUUAAUUUUGAAUAAAUAAAUGUAUCUUAUUCACAUCA